GUCUGUCAAAAGAGGUAUGUCUAUUUUGGAAAAAUUAUAUUUCCAUAUAUAUAUAGAGAUAGACGGAGAGUUUCCUUUACCGGUAAGGUAAGUUAACUUACUUAUAUUUAGACGGUUUAUUCCAUGUGUAAGUUAGCGUUAGCUAGUCAGUGUUUCGCGUUGUAAUCUAAUGGUGCUUCCAGUAGAGGACAGCUACGGUUUGGCGUUACAUGAUCAACACACCUGUGAACCAAUAUUCCCACAAUCAUCUUGUGCAGAGAGCAGUGUGUGUGAACGGUAACGUUACACCUGAUAACCUGCACGAGACGUGGUUAAAUGUUAAAUGUAACUUCAUGUCUAUUAGACAGGUGUGUUAUAAUGUAGACUAACGUUACUGAUGGACUCGUGUUGGUUCUGAACACUAUGAUUUACUUUCUCUUUUUGCUGACCUAGCUACCUGCUGAUACAUGUGUUAAUGACUUCCUCAAUGGAGUUUCGCGGUGAGCUAACGUUACAUCAUAGUUGAACACUAUUGGGCGUUCCUCACUCUCAAAGAGGGAUGAACUCAUCAGACACGGUUCCGAUAGCGGUACCUGGGCUUUGGGUGUCGGUACCGGUGUUACACCUACUUGUUUGACUAUCGACGAUACGCCGCAGGUAACCAGUUGUUUCAGAUCACCCGAAACCAAAACCUUCCCUGGACACUGACGAGGAACAUGGCUGAGCUCCACAACAAUGGAGACGUGCAGAGUGGUGGAGACACUGUGGAUGCUUUGAAGUUUUUUGCAAAGAGGCCAAAUGCAGAGCCCAAAGGCAGCAGCAGGACAGCUGAGGAGAUGGACUCGGCCCUCAGCAGUAACACAGCUGGCUCUGACCCGUACCGCUACAACAUGGACUAUCCCCGCAUGGGAACCUGCCUGAUCAUCAACAAUAAGAACUUCCACAGAAGCACAAGCAUGAGUGCUCGCAACGGGACGGAUGUGGAUGCCGCCGAUGCAGUGAAGACCUUCUCUAAGCUGGGCUAUAAGGUCAACGUGGCCAACGACCAGACCACGGAGCAGAUGAAACAACUGCUGUAUCAAGUGUCCAAGGAGGACCACAGUGACAGGGCGUCGUUCGCCUGUGUGUUGCUGAGUCAUGGAGACGAGGGGGUGAUAUACGGCACGGACGGCUUUGAAAAGUUGGAAGAGCUGACAAAGCACUUUAAAGGAGAUCGCUGCAGUAGUCUGGUGGGGAAACCCAAGCUCUUCUUCAUACAGGCGUGCCGCGGGUCAGACCUGGACGGAGGAUCCCUCAUUGAGGCCGACAGUGUCGACGCGCAGACGUCGGAGAGGAUUCCUGUGGAGGCCGACUUCCUGUACGCUUAUUCCACCGCUCCAGGCUACUACUCGUGGAGGAACACUCGGAACGGGUCGUGGUUCAUGCAGUCGCUGUGCGAGAUGCUGCUGCGUUUCAGCGGAGAGCUGGAGCUGAUGCAGAUCAUGACCCGGGUCAACCGCAAGGUGGCGCUGAGCUUUGAGUCCGCCUCCAACCUACCCGGGUAUAGCGGCAAGAAGCAGAUCCCCUGCAUCGUCUCCAUGCUGACCAAAGACUUCUACUUCCCUAAAAAUUAAGACUGUCUUUACCUUUAACAACGACUAGCCUGUGGGAAGCUUGAGUCAGAAGGGACCAUGCUGGUAUCGCUAAUUCCAUUUUCAUCCAUUGCACCGUCGUCACAUUUCUGUAUCGCAUAGCUCAUGUAAAACAGGACAGCAUUAGUUUUAUUGUGACUCCAAGGAGAACCCACAUGCAUUAACAAUACUAGGAGAAAAGGGAGCAGAUCAGAGCGGUUUAUGGGGAGCCUGGAUUAUUUUAUUUAAUGAUUUUUAUUUUUAGUGUUUGGUCUAAGCCAGUUUUCAUUCUAUCUUUGAUGGUCAUGUGUUGCAGAAAAGAUACUUACGGGUGUGGGGACAGUUUCCAGGGAUGUGUUUUCACUCGGCCUGCUUCAGCGACUGCACACAUAAACAUUAGCAAAGGUCGUGGAGAUGUGGACUUCUUCUAAUAAUACUGUAUAUUUAAAGGGUAAGCAGUGGGUUUACCAUGUACAAUGUGUCUGUUUUUAACAGUUUGUGUAUGAAAUAAAUGCACAGAGUGAAAUAAAACAUCAGGCCUUCAUCACAUGAAAACACAAAAGGUUGGUUUCACUGUCUCUUUAAAAAUGUAGUGAUGCUCAUGUAGCCGAGAUGAAUCCACCUUAAUCGAGCCGAGCAGCACUCUGAUAAUGAUCAUGAUGCUCAUGAUAAGUGUGAGUACUGUAGUAGAAUAUCUAGAAUACUUCCACUGUAGUUCUUGCUUUUUGUACGACAUUACCGCUGUACUCUGGGGAUGCUUGCAUACAGGUAGCUGGGAUUGAUGAUGGAUUGAAUACGAUUACAGACAAAGCCAUUGUCCAGAAUACAAACAAUAAA